UAUUAUUCAAAUUUCAAAAAAUGCCAAAAAUGGGCUUAUUGGGAACACCCAACGUAGUAAUCACAUUUCGGGCACUUAUGUGUGACUCUGUAACAGCUUGAUACAUAACAAGGAGCGCAACAGCAGAGAGGGUAAACAAGGAACAAGACCACGCAGAGGAUCCACUGCACUGGAGAGACGGUAGCGCUUGUUUUAGUGGUAGUCUGGUUUUUACAAUUGGGUCAGGUCAUGGGGAUUGGGUAAGUCACUCCAAAGCAGUUAGGAGCCUGAGUCAUGGGGUUGUGGUAUUGGUCGUACUGAGCGGGUGGCGGUGGAGCCAUUUGGACUGUGUUAGUCAUGUAUGGUUGAGGAGCAUACCCGGCGUUCCCGUAGUUUGGAUCUGGCCCGUAUCCUGGGUUACCGUAGGGCUGCGAUACCUGCAUUGGUUGUCCCACCAUGGGUUGUGGUUGUUGGUACAUAUUUAG